GGCGCCGCGAGCUGGCCGGGCCUCUGUGCGCCCGCGCCGCCCGCCCUCUCCCGACGCGCGGGCCCGGCGCGCCAAGAAGAGGCCAAAGUUUGCCGCGGCAGUGAGUUGAAGCCCGCGCGGGGCGGCGGCGCUGAGAGCUCCAGCGGCUUCGCUCGCUUCCCGGUAUUGUUUGCAAACUUUGCUCCCCUCCCCCGCCGACCCGGCUCGGCGGAGGCCAGGAGCUGAGAGCAGGGCCGGGGGCGCUGUGCGCAGCGCUCGGGCAGGCUGGGCGGGCAUGGGCGGGAGCCCGAGCAGGGGCGCGGAGCCCAGGCCAGCAGCCCGUGCCCCGGAGCGGCGGCUCUGAGGGGCGCGGACCUCCCUGCGAGGGCACCUCGGACGUCACCAUGCAGCGCCCGGGUCCCUGCCUGUGGCUGGUGCUGCAGGUGAUGGGUUCGUGCGCCGCCAUCAGCUCCAUGGACAUGGAGCGACCUGGUGACGGCAAGUGCCAGCCUAUAGAGAUCCCGAUGUGCAAGGACAUUGGCUACAACAUGACCCGCAUGCCCAACCUGAUGGGCCAUGAAAACCAGCGCGAGGCCGCCAUCCAGCUGCACGAGUUUGCGCCGCUGGUGGAGUACGGCUGCCAUGGCCACCUCCGCUUCUUCCUGUGCUCGCUGUACGCUCCGAUGUGCACCGAGCAGGUCUCCACGCCCAUUCCUGCCUGCCGGGUCAUGUGCGAGCAGGCCCGGCUCAAGUGCUCGCCCAUCAUGGAGCAGUUCAACUUCAAGUGGCCCGACUCCCUGGACUGCAGUAAGCUCCCCAACAAGAAUGACCCCAACUACCUGUGCAUGGAGGCGCCCAACAACGGUUCAGAGGAGCCCAGCCGGGGCUCAGGCAUGUUCCCGCCGCUCUUCAGGCCACAGCGGCCCCACAGCGCGCAGGAGCACCACCUGAAAGACGGGAGCUCUGGGCGCGCCGGCUGCGACAACCCCGGCAAGUUCCAUCACGUGGAGAAGAGCGCGUCGUGCGCUCCGCUCUGCACGCCGGGCGUGGACGUGUACUGGAGCCGCGCCGACAAGCGCUUCGCGGUGGUCUGGCUGGCCGUCUGGUCCGUGCUGUGCUUCUUCUCCAGUGCCUUCACYGUGCUCACCUUCCUCAUCGACCCGGCUCGCUUCCGGUACCCCGAGCGCCCCAUCAUCUUCCUCUCCAUGUGCUACUGCGUCUACUCCGUGGGCUACAUCAUCCGCCUCUUUGCAGGCGCGGAGAGCAUCGCCUGCGACCGGGACAGCGGUCAGCUCUACGUGAUUCAGGAGGGACUGGAGAGCACCGGCUGCACCCUUGUCUUCYUGGUGCUGUACUACUUCGGCAUGGCCAGCUCGCUGUGGUGGGUGGUCCUGACGCUCACCUGGUUCCUGGCAGCUGGCAAGAAGUGGGGACACGAGGCCAUUGAGGCCCACAGCAGCUACUUCCACCUGGCGGCCUGGGCCAUCCCGGCGGUGAARACCAUCCUGAUCCUGGUGAUGCGUAGGGUGGCCGGGGAUGAGCUCACGGGRGUGUGCUACGUGGGCAGCAUGGACGUCAACGCCCUCACGGGCUUCGUGCUGGUCCCCCUGGCUUGCUACCUCAUCAUCGGCACUUCCUUCAUCCUCUCGGGCUUCGUGGCUUUGUUCCACAUCCGGAGGGUGAUGAAGACCGGCGGGGAGAACACAGACAAGCUGGAGAAGCUCAUGGUGCGCAUCGGGGUCUUCUCCGUGCUCUACACCGUGCCGGCCACCUGUGUGAUCGCCUGUUACUUAUACGAGCGCCUCAACAUGGACUACUGGAAGAUGCUGGCCUCACAGCACAAGUGCAGGGUCAACAACCAGACCAAGGCGCUGGACUGCCUGAUGGCYGCCUCCAUCCCCGCUGUGGAGAUCUUCAUGGUGAAGGUCUCCAUGCUGCUGGUGGUGGGCAUUACCAGUGGCGUGUGGAUCUGGACUUCCAAGACCCUGCAGUCUUGGCAGCAGGUCUGCAGCCGCAGGUUAAAGAGGAAAAGCCGCCGGAAACCCGCCAGCGUCAUCGCCAGCGGUGGGAUUUACAAAAAAGCGCAGCAUCCCCAGAAACCUCAUCUUGGGAAAUACGAGAUCCCGCCCCAGCCUCCUGCCUGUGUGUGAAGGGCCAGGAGGGAAGGACCUGGUGGGCAGGCGGGCAGGRCCCAAACAGAGUGCAGUUCCUGGCUUUGGCUGGUUGGUUUUUUAAAUAAAAGGGUUUUUUUUAAAAAAUGCAAAUAAAUGGAAAGUUUUUACCCCGAAAUUCAGAAUACCAUGAUACGCUGAAAGUAAGAAUGUACUUCAAGGGUUUUGUUUUGUGCUGUUCCUCAGUGAAGGGCCGCUYCGCAGUUCAGUAGUCUCCGGUGUAACUAAUUGGUGGUAAAGUCAUUGAUUCAGCCCUCAGAGAACUUUUGUUCAGACCCUUCCACAAAUGCACAUCUGUGUGCUGGAGUUGGCUUUGCGACCCACUUAUAAAUGAGAGGCCAGACCACUAUUUUCGCAGAUUAAAGAGCCCCCCUUGGGGUGGCAAAAGAAGCCAUCCAGGGGGGCUACCCCAAGCAAGGUCGGAGGUCGCUGUGUGGGACACAAGACCUGUGCAGAGAGGAAGGACCCUGACCAGUCUUUAUCCUUGGGUGGCUUUGGAGUCCCUUAAAAUAGACUCCAGUCUCCAGCUUCAUGGAAGGUCUUUUUCCAAGACCAAAACCUCCCGAAACCUAAUCUAACCGUGUGGAACCAAAGAUGUGCAAUAAGUUUGUUUCUCUCUCCAUGAAAAUAAAAAGAAAAACAAGUAUUUUGCUCUGUUCAUAAAGACAACAAAAGAAAUCUCCUAACAAAAGAACUGAGGGGCCGGCCCUGGAAACGCUUGAGCAUUACAUUCUGUGGCUUUUUAAUGGAAACCAAGCCAAUGUUAUACACAUUUGGGCUAAUUUGUGGAAAGGAGGGGGGAGGAGGAGKAGGAUCWUUCAAAAGUACCCAAAGGGCUUAUUGACUCUUUCUAUUGUUAAACAAAUGAUUCCCAUGAAUAGAUCAAGCUGCACUGGGCAGCAAAGACAAACUUUGUCUAGUGCUUUCUCUUUACCCAGUUAGGGAAGGGGGGUUCCUGCCGGUGUAUAUCUGUAAUAUAUGAGAUUUUUCAUGCUCCACUAUUUUAUUAAAAAUAAA